AUGGCCCAACCGCAACCUCCUCCGGGCCCUCCGCCGGGCGGCAUCCAGUUCGUGGCACCGCCCGGCCAGCCCCAGCCCACGCCAGAGCAGAUUGCUGCUAUGCAGCGACAGAUCGCACAGCAGGCCGAGGCCAUGGGCAUGACCGUCCCCCAGUUCAUUGAGCACAUCAAGCGACAGCGGAUGGCCCAGAUGGCCCAGCAGCAGCAACAGCAACAGCAGGCGCAAGGAGGACAGCAGCAGCCGGGCCAGGGCCAGGGCGGACCCCAGGGACAGCAGCCUCCGCACCAGCAUCAGCACCCGCAUCCUCAGCAGCAGCAGCAAGGCCAACCUCAGCCCGUCCAGCCUGGCCCGCCCAACCCCGUCGCCAUCGCCAUGGCCAACUUCCUGCGUAAGCAGGAGCUGAAGCCGCGCACCGUCAUCUUCAACGGCGAGCGAAAGGACAUGUUCCGUGUCAAGCGCGCCCUGCGCGCCCUGCAGACCCCGGCCUACGAGAAGGCGCGCAAGAAGAACCCGGCCCUGCCUGAGAUCACCGACCGGGCCAGCCUGGAGAACGCCUUCAAGCUGCUGCCCAUGUCCAUGCUCGCCCUGCGCGUGAGCAAGGUCGACCCCCACGAGGGCCACGACCACCCCAAGAAGAAGGGCAAGCGCGUCAAGGGCCAGUGGACCGUCAAGAUCGAGCAGCAGCAGGAGGCCCACGACGACUGCUACUACAUCUGGUUCUACGAGGGCAGCCAGGUCAUGCGCAAGGUCUACGCCGUCCUCGCCCUGAUUGCCAUCUUCAUCGUCGUUCUGUACCCCCUGUGGCCUCUGUUCCUCCGACAGGGUGUCUACUACCUCAGCUGGGGCUUCCUCAUGCUCCUGGGUCUCUUCUUCGCCAUGGCCAUCUUCCGUGUCAUUCUGUUCUGCGCCACCUACUUCUUGGUGCCCCCUGGACUCUGGCUGUACCCCAACCUAUGGGAGGACGUCUCCUUCAUGGACAGCUUCCGACCUGUCUGGGCCUGGCACGAGACGGCGAAGCCCAAGAAGAAGAAGAAGGCCUCCAAGGCCACUAACGCCGAGGCCGCAGCCCAUUUCGCUGGUGCCACCGGACACGCUGCUCCCGCGACCGCUACCACGACCGGCACCGACACUCAGGUCCAGGUAGGCUCGCAGCAGCAGGCCUCGUACGUGGCCCCCAAGGUCGAAGAGUUGGACGACGAGUAG